CGAAGGACCUGUUCCUGUGCUGUUCUGUUCCAUGUUAACACACAAGGUCACAAUCCAGACUUCCCCCCUUCUCCACCGCCAGUUACAUUUACCCACCGUGAGCCGCAUAGAGGUGACCCCCCGUGCUGAGUGGCUCCGGCCGGGUUUGGAUCUCCCGGGUGAGGAGCGAGGUCCGUCCCAGCAGAUCGAAGCCAAGCCCGGCUGCGACUUGAAGCAGACGGAAAGCGGCCCGGCCCCCAGACUGGUCUUCAACCGAGUGACGGGCAAGCGUUACGCGUCGCCGGGGGUCACCGAGACACGAGAGGACGAGGAACACACGCCGGCACACGAGGAGAACGUUCGCUUUGUCUACCAGGCCUGGCAACAGGUGGAGGAGGAGUUGCUGGCCAGCCGGCAUUCUGAGAACGGCCAGCGACCUUGCGGGGCAGUGGAGUACGUGGAAAAAUCACCCAGCCAGAACCUGAGCAACUUUGUUCCGAUCGACCUGGAGGAGUGGUGGGCAAAGCAGUUCUUGGCCAACAUUCAGAACUCCUAGAGGCAAGUGUCUGACGGGAGAAGAACACAGCCAGUGCCUCUGCCGUUUCCUCAUCUAUCCCUCCACCCUCAACGAUUCACACAAAGCAAAGACGUUUCUGUAAAAAACAAAUAAACUUAUAUGUUUGGCAGUGAC